AUGCGCACUUUUUGGAAACUAUCCAAUAAGCGAGCACGGGGCGGGACUUAAGAUUAGGUUGCGUUGAAAGAGAAACGGAGCUGAAGAUUUAAAGGAGAAGAGAGAAGGUUUUGUAGUAGUUAUUUUGUGAAUUUAAAACUUGUUACAUUUUAUCAAUUUGAAAUAAUCAAAUGCAAUAGGCGGGUUUGGGGGAGUCAGCUUUUGGUCGAAAUGUCGAUUCAGUUCGAGGAGCCGCUGGCGGGGAGUUACGGGGUAGUAGACUCUUUCCCGAAAGAUUUUGGGUAUGGGGUGGAGGAGGCCGAUAUUGAGGAGAGCUCGGCUCCUUCGGACAGCAAACCACGAAUACUGCUUAUGGGGCUCCGACGAAGCGGAAAAUCGUCCAUACAGAAGGUGGUAUUCCAUAAGAUGUCCCCAAACGAAACCCUGUUUUUAGAAAGCACAAACAAGAUCUACAAAGAUGACAUAUCCAGUAGUUCUUUCGUCAAUUUCCAGAUCUGGGAUUUUCCUGGACAGGUGGACUUUUUUGAUCCAACGUUUGACUAUGAGAUGAUCUUCAGGGGAACCGGAGCAUUGAUAUUUGUUAUUGAUGCACAGGACGAUUAUGUGGAAGCAUUGGGAAGACUUCAUCUCACAGUGUCCAGGGCAUACAGAGUCAAUCCAGAGAUCAACUUUGAAGUUUUUAUUCACAAAGUGGAUGGCUUGUCGGAUGACCAUAAAAUAGAAACCCAAAGAGACAUCCACCAGAGAGCCAACGAUGACCUGGCAGAUGCUGGCUUAGAAAAGCUGCACCUUAGCUUUUACUUGACAAGUAUCUACGACCACUCGAUAUUCGAGGCUUUUAGUAAAGUUGUACAAAAGCUCAUCCCACAGCUUCCGACGCUGGAAAAUCUAUUAAACAUCUUUAUAUCGAAUUCAGGAAUCGAAAAGGCAUUUUUGUUCGACGUAGUCAGUAAAAUCUACAUCGCCACAGACAGUUCUCCUGUGGACAUGCAGUCUUAUGAGCUGUGCUGUGACAUGAUAGAUGUGGUCAUAGAUGUUUCUUGUAUUUAUGGUCUAAAAGAAGAUGGCAGUGGAAGUGCCUAUGACAAGGAGUCAAUGGCAAUUAUUAAACUCAACAACACAACAGUCCUCUAUCUAAAGGAGGUGACAAAGUUUCUUGCACUGGUUUGCAUUCUAAGGGAAGAAAGUUUUGAACGCAAAGGUUUAAUUGAUUACAAUUUCCACUGUUUCCGCAAAGCCAUCCAUGAAGUUUUUGAAGUUGGUGUGAUCUCCCAAAGAAUAGGCAGUCUACAAGAAAUUACACCAAACCUGAAAGCAGUGACUCACAAUGGCACACCUAGGAAUGCAGUGUAGGAAGAAGUCAGACCGGCAUCUAUACCAACCCUGUCCUCAGUCCAAAGCCACAGACAGACCACAGCCUUUUACAAGAGUGCUAACUAUUAAUGGAAAUACAAAUCUGUUAAAGUGGUGCUCAUUCAGUGAAAUGAAGCACUUUGAUAACUGCUUUGGAUCAUUUGAACUGUGUAACAAAAAAAAACAAACUUUAAAGGCCUAACUACUGUAAAUCGCUAUCUAAGGAGUACCAUUUGCAGGUCAAACAGCAAAGACCCUUUCAUCUGAGAAUAAAUGACUGGUUCAGUUAUUAUUUUUUUUUUUGAUUUGCAAGUAAUAUCCCAUUAGAAUAAAAGGGAAAACAAUUUCUGCACGCUUGUGAAAAAAAACAAAAAGGUAAAAGCAGUAUGAGUAAUGGUAUAUUGUCAAGUGACUAUUGCAUACCGUAUGUGAUGCCUGUUGAAAAAUAGUUUGCAGGUGGAAAUAUUAACCCUUUGUCUCUGGUUCGGUAAAAGAAAGUCAGUAAAAGAGUGCAAUAAGCAGCUUAAUUCAAACCCAUUUUUGUUUGCUUUUGGGGUUCAUGUCAAAGUUGGUAAUUCGCAAUGCUGCAGUUUUGCACAAUAGGUGGGAUGGAUAGACCACAUGAAAAACCCCAAACGCACAGGAUGGGCUAGUGUAACUUAAGUGGAAUUGAUGAUCAAUUUAUUGAGGAUUUCUCUAUUCAUUUUUACUUUCUUAUGAUCCAAUGUAAAAAAAAAAGUAACAAACAAUUUUAAAAAACGAUAAAAGGGUGAUAUGAGCUGUAAAGGGAUUAAAAACAAACAAAACAAAUGGUUUUGUAUUAAUUUAACAUGUUAAAAUUGAGUUUACUGUAAAAUUAUAAGCCUCCAGAAAGAUGACCAAAAUAAUUUGUAGUAUCUCCAUAACCACAAGAAAAUGAGCUAACCAGUAUACAUGUCACCACAGGCUCAGUAAAGUUUAGGUUUUUUGUCUUUCACCAUGACCCUAGUGUUUUUUGCCAAAUGUCUUGCCUUGCACAAAAAAAAAGCUGUUGCACAUGUAAUUAGGGUACUAUGUUUUGUUUGUGACAGGAAAGAACAGUCAGAUAGUGGGACCCAUUUAUAAAGCUUUUACUCAAGCGCUAUUUAAUUGUUUUUAUUAAUACAGAUUUUCAUAGAACUGUUGCAAACAGUUGAUAAAAAGCCAACAGCAGUCUAGAGGAGUUUUCAUGAAUAUCAAAUUGUAUUUUAGUCAUAAGAAGUUAAUGCUUUGUGAAUGAGGCCCAUAAUAUAAUCCACUUUGUUUCCCUUGUGUGCUACAGACUGUUCUGGUUUGUAUUUUAUAUACUUUAUCACUGAGCUAAAUGGGUGUACAUUUAUAAAACUGUACUUCAAAUCCAUUUCUCUGAAUAAUGUUGGUACCAUGUUAUUGACUGUUUUCAGAUUGAAUGAAAACAUGUUGCAUCCAGAGACUAGUAAAAGUGAUAUUUGAGUUUAAUCAAAUGAUUCAUACAUUGGCAAUAUUGUUUGAGAGAGUCCUUUUUUCUGUGUUUUGUUUUUAAUUGUAAAAUGUGAUAAAACUAUAAAUUGUACCAUAGUUAUCAUCAUACCCUUUUUUAUUUUUUAAAGAAAUGAAAAUAAAAAAUAGUGGACCUGGGAUUUAUUCUUAAAUCUAAUCUAUAUCUCCGUGGAGCAGAUGAUAAUGGUUUUAGUGUUUGUAUUGAAAAAUCAAGGUUAUUUUGCAUAGACUGCUUUUUUUUUUUUUUUUAAAGAAAAUAAUUACAUUUGUAAUAUCAAAAGAAAGAAUGGUUGAUGCGGGUACCAGAGUUCACUAGAUGGAUGUACAAGGGUGAUGGGUUUAGGCAUCUAAGUGUAUUAGACCCUGCCUUAGUUCUGCUUUUCGAAAGCAGAAAUGCAGUUCAAUUGAUUGUUAUAAGGAUUGUAACAGUAUGGAAAUAAAACUCCCAUUGCAUAGCAGUUUGAUCCAUUCAUGGUUUUACUAUGAGUUUAAGAAGACACACAGCAAGCUUGUAUUAAAACCUGGCAUGGGUGUUCUUUCCAUACCUGUAUAAUGAUUUAAAUCUUCUCGCUCAUUUAAUCACAACUUUCUAAAGCACAAAAAACAUGGUCCAGCCAACCCGCUCAAUUUAUACUUGCAAGCUUGACAUGAACAUCACCAUUAUUUUGGCAUGGUCAUGACCUCAAUGAUGACACAAGAGGGCAUUUGUAUUUGCUGGUUUUUCACCUUUUUCACCUGGUUUAAAGCCCUUUUGGGAGGAGGGUGAAGGGGGGGGGGGGGGGGUUAAUACCCAUCUCCUGGUUUAGGCAUAAUUCUAGCUGUAAAUUAAGGGGUGCAGAGAAUAUUGUAGGAUUAAAAUCCAGAUGUUGGACUUAUAACAUAUCUGUGCAUAAGUUACACAGCCUCCUGUCCACAAGCAGUAGUUAACAAUAUGUAGUUACUUAGAUUUGUGACUGUUAAGAAUUGAGGUGCGUUGACACCAUUACUGGAAAAUCAAGCAUCACUUUUAGUUGUGGCUGCUGAUCAUUUUGGUUUGUGUGUGUGUAUAUAUGUGUGUCAAAAAAGACUGUGUGUGCAGAUGCUGAGCAAGAUAUUCCCUGUCGAUGCAACUGAAUUUCAUACUGGCCAAGGGCACUUCUGAUGAAAUUUGUUAGGGCUAUUGAUCUGCAAAUCUGUUUCAAGCCCAAUUAUCAUAAAGUUUAAGUGCUGCUGUAUAUUUUAUAUAUUUAAAUAUGUAUAUAGGAGUUCUAUACACCUAACAGUGCUUCACGCUCCGAGUGCUUUCUGCAAAUGAUUAUACUGUGGUUAUGAUUGCUUCAGUAUUUACAUGGACCAUUCAGACAGCCAACUGAAUGAAAUGGAUGCUUUUAUAUUUAUAGAUUUUUUUUUUUCUUUUUCUUUCACAAGUGUAAAAAAUAUCUGGGGUAUAAAUAAAUCUUACUGGCUUCA